AUGGUCUGGGGUCUGCAGGGUCUGGGGUCUGCAGGGUCCGGGGUCUGCAGGGUCCAGAGACUACAAGGUCCAGAGACUACAGGGUCCAGAGACUACAGGGUCCAGAGACUACAGGGUCCAGAGACUACAGGGUCCAGAGACUACAGAGUCCAGAGACUACAAGGUCCAGAGACUACAGGGUCCAGAGACUACAGGGUCCAGAGACUACAGGGUCCAGAGACUGCAGGGUCCAGAGACUGCAGGGUCCAGAGACUGCAGGGUCCAGAGACUACAGGGUCCAGAGCAUCCUGGAGGCGACAGGCCCAGAGCGACCCGGAGGACCCGGAGGACCCGGAGGAAGUGAGUCCAUCCUCACCUCCUCCAUCACCUCCUCCUUCACCUCCUCCAUCACCUCCUCAUCACCUCCUCCAUCACCUCCUCACCUCCUCCAUCACCUCCUCACCUCCUCCAUCACCUCCUCACCUCCUCCAUCACCUCCUCACCUCCUCCAUCACCUCCUCCAUCACCUCCUCCAUCACCUCCUCCACCACCUCUUCAUCACCUCCUCCAUCACCUCCUCCAUCACCUCCUCACCUCCUCCAUCACCUUCUCCAUCACCUCCUCCAUCACCGCCCCCAUCACCUCCUCCAUCACCUCCUCCAUCACCUCCUCCAUCACCUCCUCCACCACCUCCUCCAUCACCUCCUCCAUCACCUCCUCAUCACCUCCUCCAUCACCUCCUCCAUCACCUCCUCCACCACCUCCUCCAUCACCUCCUCCAUCACCUCAUCAUCACCUCCUCCAUCACCUCCUCCAUCACCUCCUCCACCACCUCCUCCAUCACCUCCUCCAUCACCUGCUCCAUCACCUCCUCCAUCACCUCCUCCAUCACCUCCUCAUCACCUCCUCCAUCACCUCCUCCACCACCUCCUCCAUCACCUCCUCAUCACCUCCUCCAUCACCUCCUCCACCACCUCCUCCAUCACCUCCUCCAUCACCUCCUCCAUCACCUCCUCCAUCACCUCCUCCACCACCUCCUCCAUCACCUCCUCCAUCACCUCCUCCAUUACCUCCUCCAUCACCUUCUCCAUCACCUCCUCCAUCACCGCCCCCAUCACCUCCUCCAUCACCUCCUCCAUCACCUUCUCCAUCACCUCCUCCACCACCUCCUCCAUCACCUCCUCCAUCACCUCCUCCAUUACCUCCUCCAUCACCUUCUCCAUCACCUCCUCCAUCACCUUCUCCAUCACCUCCUCCAUCACCUCCUCCAUCACCGCCCCCAUCACCUCCUCCAUCACCUCCUCCAUCAUCUCCUCCAUCACCUCCUGCAUCACCUCCUCCAUCACCUCCUCCAUCACCUCCUCCAUCACCGCCCCCAUCACCUCCUCCAUCACCUCCUCCAUCACCUCCUCCAUCACCUCCUCCAUCACCUCCUCCAUCACCUCCUCAUCACCUCCUCCAUCACCUCCUCCAUCCCCUCCUCCAUCACCUCCUCCAUCACCUCCUCAUCACCUCCUCCAUCACCUCCUCCAUCACCUCCUCCGCCAGAGCCAGUCCCCGGAGACGCUGAGCCUGCAGGAGACGCAGCAGGAGACGCUGCAGGAGACGCUGCAGGAGACGCUGCAGGAGACGCAGCAGGAGACGCAGCAGGAGACGCAGGAGAAGACGCUGCAGGAGACGCAGCAGGAGACGCAGCAGGAGACGCAGCAGGAGACGCAGCAGGAGACGCAGCAGGAGACGCUGCAGGAGACGCUGCAGGAGACGCAGCAGGAGACGCAGCAGGAGACGCAGGAGAAGACGCUGCAGGAGACGCAGCAGGAGACGCAGCAGGAGACGCAGCAGGAGAGGUUUUUGACACGGUGA